AUAGCCUCUCACGUUCCCUAUCUCUCUCACGUCUCACCCAUCUCUUUCUCUCUCUGAUAUUUUCAGUUUUGUUUGCUCAAUAGCCAAAAAUCAGUUUCUUGUUUCCUUCCAUCUUUCUACGUCCUAAAAAAUCAUUCAUCAUUUCUUCUGUCAUGGCUGAGGAAACCAAGAAGGCAGCUCCCGAAACCGCCGAGGAGGUCGUGGUUUGUGACGUGCCGGUGGCGGAGGAGCCCACCAAUGCCGUUGCGGGGACGGAGGCUGAGCCGGAGAAGGCCGUGGAGGGAGAGAAGGAGACAGAAGUUGCCGAAUCUGUUUCCUUCAAGGAGGAGAGCAACAAAGUCGAUGAUCUCAUUGAUCCAGAGAAGAAAGCUUUGGACGAGCUCAAAUCUUUGAUUCAGGAGGCCUUGAACAAGCAUGAGUUCACCUCUCCCCCACCUCCGCCGCCCUCCGCCGUUAUAGAGACGGCGGAAGAGCCCAAAUCUGAGGAGGUGAAGGAAGAGCCCAAAUCGGAGGAGGUGAAGGAAGAGCCCAAAUCCGCGGAGGAGAAGAAGGAAGAGCCCAAACCUGAGGAGGAGAAGACGGAAGAAGAAAAAAUCGAAUCUUGUGAAGCAGUUUCCGAAGCAGCGCCGCGGGCGCCGGAAGAAAAGGAGACACCGGAGGAGGCGGUGGUUGAGAAGGUGGAGGAAAAGGUUGAAGCUGCUGAGGAAAUCAAGGAGACCAUAGUUCAAGAAGUGAAGGCUGAGGAGGCCGCCGCAGCUCCGGCGGAGGAGGAAGUAGCGCCGGAGGAGGUGUCGAUUUGGGGGGUCACACUUCUCGCCGACGAGAGGAGUGAUGCAAUCCUGCUCAAGUUCCUGAGGGCUCGGGAUUUCAAGGUGAAGGAAGCUUUCGCCAUGGUGAAAAACGUGGUGGCGUGGAGGAAGGAAUUCAAGAUCGAUGAGCUGUUGGUGGAGGAAGGAAUCGGAGAAGGGCUCGAGAAAGUUGUGUAUGUGAAUGGAGUGGAUAAAGAGGGGCACCCAAUUUGUUACAAUGCGUUUGGAGAGUUCCAAGAUAAGGAGCUGUAUAGCAACACUUUCUCUGAUGCAGAGAAAAGAGCUAAGUUCUUGAGGUUUUAUAUUCAGUUCUUGGAGAAGAGAAUUAGGGGGCUUGAUUUUAGCCCUGAGGGGAUUUGCACGAUUGUGCAAGUUACUGAUUUGAAGAAUUCGCCUGGGUUGUUCUUCACCAAGAAAGAACUGAGGCAGGCUACAAAUCAAGCCCUUCAACUGCUGCAGGAUAAUUAUCCAGAAUUUGUUGCCAAACAGGUGUUCAUCAAUGUGCCAUGGUGGUAUGUUGCUUACAAUAGGAUGAUCAGUCCAUUCUUGACUCAGAGGACUAAGAGCAAGUUUGUGUUUGCUGGUCCAACCAAGACUGCUGAGACCCUCUUCAAGUACGCUGCACCGGAGCAAGUCCCCGUGCAAUACGGUGGUCUGAGCAAGGCCGGCGGGGAGUUCACCACUGCCGAUACUGCAGUAGAGGAAAUUAUUAAGCCAGCAAGCAAGCACACAAUUGAACUGCCAAUUUCUGAGGGUGGCACGUUGGCGUGGGAGGUGAGGGUCGUCGGGUGGGACGUUUCCUAUGGUGCGGAGUUUGUCCCGAGUGCUGAGGGCGGAUACACGUGGAUCAUCCAAAAAUCGAGGAAGAUCGGGCAGGCGGACGAGGAUGUAUUGAGCUGCUCAUUCAAGAUUGGUGAACCGGGAAAGGUUGUGCUCACAUUUGACAACCAAACAUCUAAGAAGAAGAAGCUUCUCUUUAGGUCCAACACCAAGUGCUCUGAGUGAUGAUGAAAGAGGGCUUCUUUGUUCAUUCAUAUAAUUCUUUUUGGGCUGAUUUAUUUUAAAACUUGUUUCUGAAAUUUUAAGGUUGUUUGGGAGUAGUUUAUUUAUAUUUCUUUGUUGUUUUUGUUAAGUUGGAAUGAUUAUUUACAUGUCAGAAGAAACAAUUGGGAAUUCAAAGAUAUAAAUCUGUCAAUACAUCACUUUAUGCUGUCCUUACUGCUGUAAA